AUCUCAACACCAUGUCCUUCCCAUUUCCCUCCGCUCCAGGUAAAAUGAAGGUGACUCUGGUACAGGUCUUUUUCAUGCUGCUGCUGCUGCUGCUGGGCCUGGGGCUGGGCCUGGGGCUGGGCCUUCAGAUGGCUGCUGCAGUCCUGGAGGAUAGCGAUCAGCUGCUGAACGAGUUUUGGUCCAGUGACUCACAAGACAAAGCUGAGACCACUGAAGAGGGACAGAGCACCAGAACCACAGAAGCCCUGGUGCUCAGCAACAAAGAAACAGUGCAACUUGGCUGGCAAGAAGAGACCAUCCUCAGUGAAGAUGAAGUUGGGGGGAGCAGGAUGCUCAGAGCCGAGUCUCGCUCUCAGAGCAACGAAGACUAUCUUAGGUUUGACUUGAAUGACAGGGAAUGCAACGUCAUGAUGGCCGACAAGAUGAAGGAGCACAAUCACAGCUGCAUAACCCAAUACAUAUUCAUCCACGAGGAUCCAAGCACAGUCAGUGCUGUCUGCGACAGUCCUGUCGUGGCCUGUGACCUCAAGGGGGUCAGAUGUCACAAAAGCCCCCGUCCUUUUGAUUUGACAUUCUGCAAGUUGUCCAAACCACACCAAAUUACUCCUAACUGCAGUUACGUAACUUUCAUCAUGGAAAAGGUCAUUAUUAUAACAUGUAAGGACAGAAAGGUCCAGUUAUCAUCUGUACAAUGA